AUAAGGAGACAUUAUCAGGCUCGACAAGCCUGCUUUCAACCAGAUGUCUGAAGACAGGCUGUAUUUACCACACGCACCCGUGUAGGCCCUCUGUCAGCGGGUUGCCCCUCCUGGGAAUCCAGGAAGGGGAGCUGCAGAGACCCAGGUCUUUGUUCAUCCAUCCAUAGCACUGGCAAAAUGUUUUUCAGACUCCCAAGACUGACUCCAGGCUACAUCAGGUUACUGCAGACUCAGGCCUACCACAAUGUGUGUGUGGUGCCUCCACCCGAGAAGACCAUGCCUGGCAUGGCCAUGCUUCUAGGGACCGUGGGGAUCGCGAUGUGCGGGUACAGCUCCAGGCAGUUGGCUCUCUACCACCGACCUUCCAGUCGUGUGCUGCAAAGAGUUGGCUCGCACACCGAUGCCAGCAUGGCGGGCACAGCAGCACUCAGGGCCCCCUACCUGGAUGCUACCCGCAGGGCUGGAGCGUGCCAGGAAAUCCCACCUCCCUUCUUUGUGGGCCAGAAGUUCGUUUAAAAUAUGAGCGAUGGUUGGGCAAAGAUUGGCCACCAUAGGUUGAUUCUCAGUAACCACACUGUUGCAUGUUAAAGAUUGUAGCUAUGCUGGCCCAUUGAGUCAAUGAGGCCCAUGUGCUCUCUGAUAACAUGCUCGUGGAGGUAUCUGAAUGUUUCAACCUGUGUUGGCAGGAUGUUGGAUGUGACAUUAGUUCUCUGGAGUCAUACAAUUGAUGUCUUAAUCUCUAACAGCAUUGCAAUAGUCAGUUACUGUGUGAGCACUAGCAGUAUAAAUAAACUGAUAUCAGAACUUCCCUCACAGAACUACUGAAUGUAGCCUGUAUGUUUAAUUUAGAGUCCUUGUGUCUGUUUUGGAUGGUACAAUAAAGGAAUGACGCUUGGCAGUGAUCCUUCAUACACAGAUGGUAUGCAAAAACCUUCUCAAUGGCCUCACCUGCCCAACAAGAGGUGAAAGUAUUAAGCAGCCUGUCCCAUGAUACCUCUGAGGAGAACAGGUUGCAUCUUUGAGCAAAACCUCUUACCAAAACAAUUGAUUAAGGACAAUGAGGAUGUCGGAGGUUGGCUUUGUGACUCAAUUAAUAGCCCUCUAAGAAUGGGCUACUAAUUUAGUCACAAAGCUUGGUCAGGAUGAUGACGUUCAGCAGUAAGUAGCAGUGCACUGUUGUUUACGGCAGAUUAUAUGAUGGUAUCACGCAAAGGUGGAUAGUUGUUUCUUAAACUUGCAAUCUCUGUAACCCAUGCAGUUGGAAAACCGCACCCUUAACUAAUCUGGUUUAGCGUGUCUCUCUUCUUACUCAUCAUAGAUGGGCAGUCCCUGUGCCCCCAAACUGUACCUUUCUCCCUGCAGUGUCCGCCAUUUGUCUCUCUGCCAUGCAUUGGUGUGGACAAUGCAGCAUUGGUGUCUGUGUUCAAAUUGGCGAGGCAUUGAGCGUGGUUGAGAAUGUGUGCUGUGCCUUAGGGAGAGCACAGGGUCUAACGGUCAAACUGUUAGAAAUAAACUUUCUUUAUAUGAGCAAAAGCCAUUCCUUGUUGACAUGCAAGUCUUUCCUGUCGAACUUAUUUGUGACAGGUUGGGAGUUAAUAUAGAAAGACAGUUGCCAAGCUCCUGAACUCUAGUCACACUAGGGGAUUCCAAAGAAACGUUGUAAUGUUGGUAGUAACCAACAACAGAUUCAACUGAGGGGAAUCCCUACAUGUCCUAAUAAACCCUACUCUGACUGGACACAACCACAUUCAUGUUUGGGCGAUGUUCUUUCAGGAGUAUGUAAUCAAUAUUGGGUGGGUUGUAGUUGUUUUUUUUUUUCUACACUGCAGUGUUGCACAUUGAACACAGAGCUUAAAGACCCAUCGAUCUCAAUCAUUAAAGUUAGGGAGGAGGAGGAGAAUUGGAUGACACCUCUAUGCAGCGGGGAGGAGGAGAAGGAGAGUUGGGUGACACCUCUAUCCAGUUCACACUGUUUGACCUGCCACUCCUCUGUUUAUGAGUGAUUACUGCCAAGGAUGUGCACUGAAAGAAAGGAAUAUAGGCAGAAUUCCUCUCCCCCCCUAUUUUAUCUGUUACAUUGUUAACUCCAUGGAUUUUAUGUGUAUGAUAUGUGAUAUCUGUUCCCUUUAGAUGACAGUUUUGCUCCAUUAGUGAUACGUUAGAUGGAAUGAAAACAAUUCAUAUAAAAUAAAAAGUAGUUCAGCAAACUC